UACGGUGGAGUCGUGAUACAAGGAAACGGAUCAUUUACAGCGCAUUUAGAAGCUAGAUAUAAUUAUUUUAGUAUGGAUUAUAGUUUUUAUGUUAUUAGGACCAUAACGCGGAAACACAGGAUCUGGAACUGAAACACGAGGUGACAGAACCAUGCAGGUGUCAGUGAGAAGGCUGGCUCUGUACCCGCUGGCUGUAGCCCGGUCUGGCCGAAUCAGGGCUCCUGUCCUGAGUCCAGUACCCCGCCUCUUGUCCCCCAGCACCCGCACCCUAUUCAGUGAGACGGGAGAGUGGGAGAAGGACUAUCGGAUAGAGACCCGACGCAGGGUGGAAGAAUGGUGGCAACCACGCAUCAUGGCACAGUGGCGGAAGGAUGCGCUGGAGGAGGGUUCCAACAGGAAGAAGUUUUAUGUCCUCUCCAUGUUUCCGUACCCAUCGGGCCGACUGCACAUGGGCCACGUGCGAGUGUACACCAUCAGUGACGCCAUCGGUCACUUCCAGAGAAUGAGAGGCCAUCAGGUGCUGAAUCCGAUGGGUUGGGACGCUUUUGGACUUCCAGCUGAGAACGCAGCCAUUGAGAGAGGCCUUGACCCAGAGGAGUGGACUAAAAGUAAUAUCCAGUCCAUGCGGGAGCAGCUGGACAGCCUCGGCCUUUGCUUCAACUGGGACCGGGAAGUGACCACUUGUCUUCCAGAGUACUACAGGUGGACACAGUAUCUGUUUAUCAAGCUCUUCGAAGCAGGACUGGCAUAUCAGAAAGAGGCUGUGGUGAACUGGGACCCUGUUGAUCAGACAGUGUUGGCUGAUGAGCAGGUUGAUGAAAAUGGCCGCUCCUGGAGGUCUGGCGCUCUGGUGGAGCAGAAGCUGCUCACACAAUGGUUCAUCAAGACCACAAACUAUGCCAAGCCUCUCCUGGACGCCCUGUCAGACCUUCCAGAGUGGUAUGGCGUCAAAGCCAUGCAGGCAAACUGGAUUGGCGACUGCACUGGCUGCUACUUCGAUGUCAAACUCAAGGUGAACGGGGAGGAGACGGGGGAGACUCUAUCAGCCUACAGCUCCUCCCCAGAGACGGUGUUUGGAGCAGCUUACCUGGCCAUCCUGCCCUCCCACAGGCUGCUGCAUGGUAGCAGCCCAGUGCGCGCUUCCCUGGAAAAGGCCUUUAAGCCGGGGAGAGACUCCCUGACAGAGGUCACCGCUCGCAACCUGUUCACCGGCCAUGAAGUUCCCCUGGUCAUCUCACACAAAGAGGCGUUUGAUGGCUAUCUGGACACUGUGAUCGGUAUCCCAGAUUGUAGUGAGGAGGAUCUGUCUGUGGCCCGAGCUCUGAACCUGAGGUGGACGACAGUGCUGGACAGUGACCAAGACGGGAAACAAACUUUGAUUAACUCUGAUGAGUUCUCCGGCCUCAGCAGAGAGGAGGCCUUUGACGCCAUUACCCAGAAGGCCAGAGAGCACAAGGUCGGCGGCCAUCUUACCAGCUCCAAACUCAGGGACUGGUUGAUAUCAAGACAGCGGUACUGGGGCACCCCCAUCCCUGUGGUGCAUUGUGGGUCUUGCGGUCCAGUUGCAGUCCCUGAGGAGGAAUUACCAGUGAUAUUACCAAAGUUGCCGUCUCUGACAGGAAAGGGGGCGUCGCCUCUGAAGGCUGCUCAUGACUGGGUCAACUGUAAAUGUCCCAGAUGUAAAGGCCCAGCGAGGAGGGAGACCGACACCAUGGACACAUUCGUGGACUCAGCCUGGUAUUACUUUAGAUACACGGACCCUCAAAACCCAGACAGGCCUUUUGAGCGCCGCCUCGCAGAUCACUGGCUGCCCGUGGACGUGUACAUCGGAGGGAAGGAGCACGCCGUCAUGCACUUGUACUAUGCUCGCUUCCUGUGUCACUUCUGCAAGGACCAGAGUCUGGUGGCUCACAGGGAGCCUUUUCGGAAGCUGCUGGUCCAGGGUCUGAUCAAGGGCCAGACUUUCAAACUGGCUGACAGCCGCCAGUACUUAAAGAGAGAAGAAAUAGACUUCACAGGUGAGGAGCCAGUGGCAUUGGGCGGUGGUCGUAUUGAGGUGACGUGGGAGAAGAUGAGCAAGUCAAAACACAACGGUCUGGACCCCCAAGAGGUGGUGCAGCAGUACGGCGUGGACACGGUUCGACUCUACAUCCUUUACGCUGCACCGCCCGAACAGGACAUCCUCUGGAACGUCAAGACGGAUGCCCUCCCUGGGGUUCUGCGGUGGCAGUCUCGAUUGUGGCAGCUGGUGACCAAGCUGAGGGGGGCUCGGCAACUCGUAGAUUUCCCCAACCCCUCACUGCUGAAGAAGAAGGAGCUGGCAGAGAGUAAAAAGAUCUGGGACAAUAAGAACUACGCUAUUCAAGAGGUGACAUCUAACUUCACAGAGGACUUCCUUUUCAACGCAGCCAUUUCUCGUCUGAUGGGAUUUACCAACACACUGAGUAGUGCAACAGUCAGGGUGGUGCAGCACAGCGUGGAGUAUGAGGAGGCUCUGGCUGUGCUGGUGAUGAUGACAGCACCCAUGGCCCCUCACCUGGCUUCUGAACUUUGGGCAGGUCUUUGCCAAGUGAAAAACCCCCUCAGCCCCCUGCUCCGGCGGGGAGGAGACAUCCUGCAACAGUCAUGGCCAACUGUGGAUCCUGAGUACCUGAAGGUCCCUGACUUUGUGGAGCUGUCUGUACUGAUAAACAACAAGGCCUGUGGGACAGUGACGGUGCCACUGCAGGCGUCCAAAGAUACAGAGCGGGUGCAGCAGCUGAUCCUGGAGAGCCCGCUCGGACAGAAGUUUCUCAGCGAGCGCAGCAUCAAGAGAGCCAUCCUCUCCCAGAGGACCGCCCUCAUCAACUUCCUCAUUGAUUAGUGACGCUUGGGCGUUUACCGCUCCGGUCAAUCAGUGAUUCAGCACAGGGAGAUGUCAAUGUAAAUAUGUCUAAAGACAUUUUAUUUAUAUUUUCUGUUUUUAAUAAAAGACUCAAGGCGCA